AUGGCGGAGCACGUAGAGGGAGACGGCAUUGGAUUCAGUGGUAACAGCAUGGCACAGCAACCAGCCUUGGGCUUCCGUGCCACUGCACCUCCCGCCAACCAAGUCAUGAGAGGCCCUCCACCUCUGCUAAGGCCCCCACCACCCUCCUUUGCCAUGAUGAGAGGGCCUCCACCCCCAGCCAGGCCCCCGUUCGGACGGCUACCGUUUGACCCCAGCAUGCCGCCCAUGCCCCCGCCUGGAGGCAUGCCACCCUCGAUCGGAUCACCUCAUCUACAGAGACCACCAUUCAUGCCACCACCGGUGGGAAACAUGCCACCCCCUCCUGGUAUGAUAUUCCCUCCUGGAAUACCACCUGUACCCUCACCAGGUGCUCCUGCCCUGGCCCCUGCAGAGGAGAUCUGGGUGGAAAACAAGACGCCAGAGGGAAAGGUAUACUAUUACAAUGCCCGCACACGAGAGUCCGCCUGGACCAAGCCUGAAGGAGUGAAGGUCAUCCAGCAGUCUGAGCUGAGCCCUAUGAUGGUGACCCAGACAGCAACAGGAGCUGGAUCCACUUCCUCCUCAACCUCGAACCUCCCCACAGCCAAUAACACUGCGGCUCCAGACACAAGCCAAGCCCCAUCCCCUGGCUUGAUAUCUAGCUCCUCCUCCAGCACCUCUGCUUCCUCUCCAGCCAUACCUCCACCUGGCUCAGUCACUGAGGUUGCAGAGCUGCCACCUGCUGUGACCACGCCCUCCAGCACAGUGGUAACCCCGUUGGCUGCCGUCAAUCUUCCCACGGUUACGGUCGCCGUCACGACCGGGCCUCAGCCGUUGCCCCAGAGCUUACCGGCGCCGCUGCCCCACACCGUGCCGCAGCCGGCGGCUGCCAUCCCCGCGUUUCCCCCGGUCAUGGUGCCACCUUUCAGAGUACCUCUGCCAGGCAUGCCCAUACCUUUGCCUGGUAUGAUGCCAGGCAUGGCUCCUCCUCUGGUUCCCAUGAUGCAUCCUCAGAUGGCAAUCGCCACCGCGGCCUCGGCGCUGCCCGGGGGCAUCCCCCUUUCCGAGUGGUCCGAGUUCAAGACGGCCGACGGCAAGUCCUAUUACUACAACAACCGCACCCAGGAGUCUACCUGGGACAAACCGGAGGAGCUAAAGGAGAAAGAGAAAGAGAUGGAGAAGGCUAAGGAAUCUGGUCUUAUGGAUGAAGCCGAGCUUAUGGACAUGGAAGAGGAGGGGUCCAAAAUCGAACCUCCAAAAGAAACAAAAGAGGAGCGAAAAGAGGAGGAGAUGACAGAGGAGGAGAAAGCGGCUCAGAAAGCCAAACCCGUGGCCACCACGCCCAUCCCUGGAACUCCAUGGUGUGUGGUCUGGACUGGUGAUGACCGUGUGUUCUUCUAUAACCCCACCACCCGUCUGUCCAUGUGGGACCGGCCCGAGGAGCUGGUGGGUCGUGCUGACGUGGAUAAAUGCAUUCAGGAACCGCCGCACAAAAAAGGCCUGGAGGACAACCGCAGGCCGAGUGAGGGUCGUCCCCAUGACAACACGCAAGCCCCAGCCUUGGGUAAAGAGGAGCAAGAGUCAGCUCCUGCAGAGGAGGUCCCAGAAGAUGAGCCCAGCAAAGCCAAGAAGAGGAAGAAAGAGGAGGGGAAGGAGGCGGACUCUGAGAAGGAGGCGGCCAUGGAGGCGGAGCUGAGGGCAGCGAGAGAGAGAGCCAUCGUACCACAGGAGGCUCGUAUGAAACAGUUUAAAGACAUGCUGCUGGAGAGAGGGGUGUCUGCGUUCUCUACCUGGGAGAAAGAACUGCACAAGAUUGUGUUUGACCCCCGAUAUCUGCUCCUCAACCCCAAGGAAAGGAAGCAGGUGUUCGAUCAGUACGUGAAGACCCGAGCGGAGGAGGAGAGGAAAGAAAAGAAGAAUAAGAUCAUGCAGGCGAAAGAGGAUUUCAGGAAAAUGAUGGACGAAUCCAAGCUUGGGAUCAGAAUGACCUUCAGCGAGUUUGCGGCCAAACACGCGAGGGACACUCGCUUUAAGGCCAUAGAGAAGAUGAAAGACAGGGAGGCCAUUUUCACCGAGUACAUGACCGCUCUGAGAAAAAAGGAGAAAGAAAACUCCAAGAACCGAGUUGAAAAGGUAAAGCAGGACUUCUUUGAGCUGCUCUCUGACCAUCACAUUGAUGGACAGCUGCGCUGGAGUAAGAUAAAGGACAAGCUGGAGACAGACCCGCGUUACAAAGCAGUAGAGAGUUCCGCCGCUAGAGAGGAACUGUUCAAGAAUUAUGUGGAGAAGUUAGCCAAGAACCCGAGCUCAGAGAAGGAGAAGGAGCUGGAGCGACAGGCUCGUAUCGAAGCCAGUCUGAGAGAGAGGGAACGCGAGGUCCAGAAAGCUCGCUCCGAACAGACCAAAGAGAUCGACAGAGAGAGAGAGCAGCACAAACGAGAAGAGGCCAUCCAGCAUUUCAAAGCACUCAUGUCUGAUAUGGUACGAUCAUCUGACGCCACGUGGUCAGACACGCGACGUAACCUGAGGAAGGACCACCGCUGGGAGUCGUCUUCACUGCUGGAGCGCGACGAGAAGGAGAAACUCUUCAACGAGCAUAUCGAAGCACUCACCAAGAAGAAGAAGGAGCACUUUCGCCAGCUUCUGGAUGAGACUUCCAUGAUCACGUUGACGACCUCAUGGAAGGAGGUUAAAAAGGUGAUCAAAGAUGAUCCUAGGUGUAUCAAAUUCUCAAGCAGUGACCGGAAGAAGCAAAGGGAAUUUGAGGACUACAUCAAAGACAAGUACAUCACAGCCAAAGCAGACUUUAGAACCCUCCUGAAAGAGACCAAGUUUAUAACAUACAGAUCUCGUAAGUUGAUGCACGAGUCAGACCAGCACCUGAACGACAUCGAGAAGAUCUUACAGAACGACAGACGUUACCUGGUGUUAGACUGCGUGCCCGAAGAGAGACACAAACUACUCAUGGCGUACAUCGAGGACCUCGACCGCCGGGGACCCCCGCCCCCGCCCACCGCGUCCGAACCCACCCGACGCUCCACCAAGUGACCUACCCCCCCCCCCAGAGUACUUCAGCUCAGCAUUGCCCCCACGUCACCCCUGA